CUUAUGUGAGAAUAUACUGUUUUCAUUGAUUCAUGAACAUUUCAAAUUUCAUUACAAAAAUAAUUGAGGAAAAACACAACAGACUGAAAAUUCUGUGCGUUCUAGAUUACAGUGACAUCAGAAUAAAUUAGUGUGUGUUGUUAAAUGUGUGUGUUGCAUGCAUACUGUAUGUGAUCUGCAUGUUUAGGUUCAAAUAUGUCUAAAUGGGCAUCUGCAUUUAAGUUAAACAUCUACACCUUUCUAUCACUGAUAUUCUUGUUUUUAUGAAUACUCAUGUGUUGUGUACGUGUGGGUGUUGACUUCCUGAAGAUGAUGUGGUGUCCAGCAGUAAUUUAAUGUGCUGUCAGCGCAGUCACAGCAAAACUCCAUCAUGAGUGCACAGAGUCUGGGUGAAAUGCCAGGAGAUGUCAUAGUGGGGACACUAUUUAAUUUACUAUUACCUUUUUUACUACUGACCGCAAUAUCACUGAGGUACAAUGGGCUAUCAGUCGUUUAUCUUCUCUUUCUUCUGUCUGUACCGCUGUUGCCCAGUCCAAACUUGGCUACUAUGAAGGGGAAAACAGGCGGGUUUCUUCGGGCUAUUUGCUCCACUGGAGUAAUAUUUUUGGCAUUGCAGUGUGGGAUGCAAAUCACCUUCACAUAUAUUCCCAAGGAUGUGUCUGGGCCAUGGGACAACAUUUUGUUUCACCUUGGCAUUGUCAGGUUUAGUGAUGUGGACACACUUAACAUAAUACGUCUGCUAAUACCAGAUUUUGGUGUCUUCCUGUCUACACUGUUCAUCAUCCGUUGGUGCAAGGCCAGGAUCCCACCUCACAGUGAAAACUGCAGUCAGCUCUAUGAGACUGAGGGUUCGGAUGAAGAGAUUUCAGACUCAGAAUGUGAUAGGGACAGUGGGACGUCUGAAGGUUCCUCCUUUGACACCUCUGUUCAGAGCCGCAGCUCUCCUGCCUCCUCUCCUGACGUUCUGCAGAAACUCAUCAUAUUUAUGACUGGACUGAGACUUCUCGUGUCUUCAGCAAUGAACACUGCUGGAAAAGUUUUGGUCACUGUUCUGUUAGGGCUGGCAGGUAUAACGUUUCCCUCUCUGACCUCGGCGCUGUAUUUCAUGGUGUUUCUUGGCCUUGUGUGGAGCUGGGUGUUGGACUACACCAUCUCUCUGCUGCACUACAGCUCUCUGUGUGUAAUGAUGACCAUCUUCAGUGGAGGACACGUUCUUAUCAUCUACCUCUACCAGCUGCCUCUCUUCCAACAGUUCAUUCCUCCUCAGGAUGACUUUGCCAGGUUGUUUGGUUUGACAGCGCUCAUCCAGACCAACAUGUCAGAACCGUAUAGACUGGCUCUGCAUGAAGAUGGUAGUUGGCCUGCAAUAAUGAACCCACUGGUGCUCCUACUGCUGUAUUUCUCAGUCAUGAGUCUACUACACAAGUGGAAUCAUUCUAAUGAGGAGGAAAAUAUUGAAAACUAUGCUGAAGACUCCAGCAUCCCAUCAAGCUUCUCCCCUGAAAGAAAAGAGGAUAUGGUGUUGGUGUGGAAGAGGACAUGGCAAGACCACGAAGAUUCUGGGGUGAAUUCCCUGAUUUUAGAGGAUGACUUCCCAAAUUGCUUGGCUUUGUCUUCAUACACACAGAAGAUUUCUUAUUGUACCUCAAAAAAAUAUACUGUGGAGAAUGAAAGCUCCGGAGGCAAUGAAAUAUUUAAUGACGUGGACCCUCUAUCUUCCACUGAUCGGCCUGGACCCAGCGCGUUGAUCCUGUUUGGACAGUUCAUCAUGAAACAGAGCUAUAUAAUUGCUCUCAUCAUCACAAUGGUAUGGAGCAUCAGCUAUAACUCAUGGCUUACAUUAAUAUUACUGGUGUGGUCAUGUGUGAUCUGGAUGUUGAAGGAUCGGCGGCGGUUCGCUAUGCUUAGUGCUCCAUUUCUUGCUGUCUAUGGGACAUUUCUGCUAGUGGUUACGUUCAUCAGUCAACUCCAUCUUAACCAUAUUGACAUUUUCCCUACUUUACCAAAACUUGUCUUGAUGGACUUUGAUGUCUAUGGUUAUCCAGUGCCCUGUGUGCACCUUGCUGCAAAGGUUACUUAUUCGUUUAGUUUCUGGAUUUUACUUAGGCAACGGCUGAAAGAAAAAAAUGAGGAACUGCAGAGCACGGAUGAUUUAAUGGAAGUCAAAGUUCAAGCAUGUGACAACAAUCAAACCUCUCAAAUGAUGACUGUGUUUGGAGCAUUAGUAAAAGGCAUUUUGGUGAAGUACUGGAUCUUCUGCUGUUGCUUCAUGUUCUUCUUUGUCAGUUUUUCUGACAAAGUGGCAGUCUACAAAAUUCUCUAUAUCUGCUUAUUCCUUUUCGGUGUGGUUCUGUACGAGGUGCAUUAUCAAGUAUGGAGAAGUCAAUUGAAGUAUUUCUGGGUGGUUGUGGUUGGAUAUUCAAUGCUAGUUUUGAUCCUGAUCUACGUGUAUCAGUUUAAAAGUGUCUGUAAACUGUUCCAACAGAUUUUAGGCAUAACAGAGGAAAGGUUGCGAGACCUUGGGCUGGAACAGUUUGACACCGUUGAACUAUUUGCACGAAUCUUACGGCCAGCCUUCUUCCUUCUGGCCUGCAUUCUUCAGCUGCAUUAUUUCAACUGUGACUUCCUCUCUUUAACUGAUCUUCAGACAGUUUCGACAAAGAACAGAACAAACAGAGAAGAAGAUCUGAAGGAAACACUGAGGGGGAUUUUUGAUAUGAUAAAGAAAAACACUGAGAAACUCAAAAAAUGGCUGAAGGAAGGGCAGCUCCGUGGAAAAUCUGGUGAUCAAAUGAAUAUUUCAUCUUCCUCCUUGGACAAACAUCAAGAAAUAGAAUUAGAUGAUGAUGUGGAUGCAGUGAACCAGUGGUUGGUGGUGGUGGACAGGGUGCAUGAGUUGAUCCUGCGUGCUGUUCUGUUGUUAUGGAGAUGUCAGGAGCUGUGCUGGAGAAUACUGGAGCUUCACAGCUUCAAAGUAGUCUCAACAGGCAUCAUCUGGGUUUGCGUGCAGGAGGUAUCGCUGAUGAACUUUGUGUUUUUGGUGUUGUGGACAUUUGCUCUGCCAUAUCCAAAACUGAGGCCUUUGGCCUUCAAUGUAUCUUCUGUUUGGGCCUGUGUGAUGGUUGUGUGUAAAAUGAUGUACCAGCUAAAAAGUAUCAAACCUUCCGAGUAUUCUUCAAACUGCACUGCUGGCCUGUCAUCAUCUAAUGAGAGUUGGACUGCUGGUAACACAGAAGAGCUAUUGAGGAACUCAGUUCUGUAUGUGGCACCAGUAGAUCCAGCGAUGUGGGUCGGCGGACUGAGGAAGUGUGAGGAUCGCAUCCUGCCCUGUCUCUGGAAUCACCUGUUAAUUUUAGGCCUCCUUGUGUUUGAUGUGACUGUCCAUCGCCACCAGUUGCAUCACCGUCUUCAAAAUGGCCUUAAAGCAUCAUACAGCAGCACCAUAUUUCAGGGUGUGACGCAUCAUUAUCUGGACCAAGGCAUUCUGCCCUCCCUAAAAUAUUUUGCUAACUAUUUCUUCUACAAAUUUGGUUUGGAGGUUUGUUUUGUGGUAGCAGUAAAUGUCAUUGGCCAACGGAUGGAUAUCUGUGCGCUUCUGCACUCUUUUGCUCUAAUGGCUGUUCUGGCGCGUCGUCGUAGGAAGGCCAUAGGAGAAGUGUGGCCAAAAUACUGCUGCUUCAUCGCAAGUUUCAUGGUGCUGCAGUACCUGCUGUGCAUUGGCCUUCCACCAGCACUCUGCAUUGAUUAUCUCUGGAGGAAGUCAUCUCCGGCUUUGAGCUCUAAUCUGAUAAAGUGGCUGUAUCUACCAGACUACGCCAUGAGACCCAACGCCACCUUCAUCCUUUAUGACUGCAUGCUGUUGUUGGUAGCGUCUCUGCAGUGGCAGGUCUUUGAGGAUGAAAAUCAGGCUUGCGUGAGACUCCUGGCAGGAGAGAAUGUGGAGAUCAGUCGAAAUCUGGAUCCUCAAGCCCUCAACCAGUACACUCCAGUCAACAACUACCUUCAUUGCCGGUCGUACCUGGACAUGGUGAAGCUGUUUGUGUUUAGUUAUUUUUUCUGGCUGGUUUUAUGUCUCAUCUUCAUCACUGGAACCACAAGAAUUAACAUCUUUUGUCUGGGUUAUCUGAUGGCCUGUUUCUACUUCAUGCUGUUUGGAGGCACGUUACUGCUGCAGCCAGUGCAGUAUGUGCUCAGACUGUGGGACUGUCUCAUAGCGUACACCUGCGUGGUCAUCAGCCUCAAGAACAUGCUCUCACUUGGCUCUUGUGCUUAUCUGGAGAGUCUACAAAAGCACGGCUGUUGGCUCAUUCAAGCAUUUAGCAUGUUCUGCACCAUCAAAGGCUACACGUUACCCAAGCCUGACAAUCAGUGUGAAUUGCCGGAGGGUGAAGCUGGUAUCGUCUGGGAUGCGAUCUGUUUCACUGUGCUGUUGGCUCAGAGGAGAGUUUUCCUCAGCUACUACUUCCUCUACGUCGUGUCUGACCUUCAGACAUCUAAGAUCCUUGCUUCAAGAGGUGCAGAGUUGUUUGAAGCCAAAGUGAAGAAACAGGUGGCAGCAAGAUUGGAGAUGGAGCUAAAAUCUGUGGAGAUUCUGAAGAAACAAAUGGAGAAAAUCAAGUCAAAACAGAAGAAUGCUCCUCAUGAGCAAGAUACAUCAUCUGCUGUUCAUCCUGAAUCCUCACAUUUCCCAAAGCGGAAUGAUGGGGACUGCGGCUAUGAUUUGUUUGAAACUGACAGUGAGGAAGAGGAAGAGGAUGUGAAGGACAGGACACAGGAAAACAUUUUACCUAAGAAGAAAACUGCUUUUCAGUUGGCAUAUGAGGCUUGGACGGCAGGCUCCAAGGCAGCCCUGAGAGACCAUGAACGUCAAGAGGAAGAAGAGCAAGAAGAGCAAAGGAAAGCCAAUAGAAAAUUGCACAGACAAGAGGCCUUGGAGAAAGAGGAGUCUGAUGAGGAGCAGCAAGAGGAGUUCAGUCAGAAUGAAGAGGAAGAAAAAGCUUUAGAGGAUUUCAGGAAAUUGGCUGAUGAGGUGUCAAGCAGAAGGCUUUGGCUCCCCUCUCUGUACCUCUGUGCUUGGCUGGGGGAGGUUCUUCUGCUGCAGGCAAGAGAGUCUCAGUUCUCUUUGGGCCAUGUCAAGUUCAUCUUUGGUGUUGUCCAGCUGCUGGGUCAGAGCUUCAGUCCCAGGUCUGGACACAUCCAGAGGACGUUCACAGGUCCUGAUCCUGUCAUCUUUGUCCUAGAGUUCAGAAUUUGCUAUUUUUAA